AUGGCUCCGGCCGUUGGGUUUGACACUUCUUCCUUUGGCCGAUCGCACUCUUCCCCGGAUAUCAUGACGCCCAGCGCCAUGCCCGGCCAACACCAGCGCGGCGGAGGCCCCAAGAGCUUGCCAAGCUUGCCCUCGUUUGAGAUUCCAUCUUUCGACUCGACGCCUGAUUUCGACUCAAGAUUAUACUUGGACGAGAGGACUGUUGCGCCGACGCAGAUCCUCAACGAAAAGAAAGCUGCAGCCGUCAAUGUCGAAGCCGUGCGAACUCCCAACGAUGAGAAGCCGAAGAUGCUCAGGAGGUACUCCUUGGUGGAGAGGCCCAAAUCCUGGCUCCCGGGUUCCAAGUCAGCGACCAGCAUCAGAGAUUACCUGUCGGACCGUCCGAGCACAUCCGUUGGCGAGGACGCUUCAGGUUCUGGGCUCGCCGCGCCUGCACCAAGCGCGCCUGAGCCGCCAAACGCAGGAGCGGAUAGAUCAGCCAGGAAACGAACAGACAGCUUCGCCAGCUUUGCUCGAAAGGGCUGGAUGUCGUCGUCACGACCCCCCUCGCCUCAACCCAGACACGAAAAGGUUGCCUCGCUGGGUGGCAUGAGCCGCGACAAGGCCUCGAAGAGCACAUCCGCCAUUGCGGCAACGGCCACGAAACCCGCAACAAAGCAGCCAGCUGUUCACGUCGCAGACGCAGAGACACGACGACCUGCGGACACUACCAAAGGCACGACCCGCGCCUUGACUCGUGCCGGCAGUUACCUGACAUCGAAGAUGAAGGCUCGCCCGAACAGCAUGCUCUUCCAACUCGGCAACAAUAACGACUCCGACUCGACGAGCUGCGCUUCUUCGGCCACCAGCCUAGCACCCCCGACGACGACAUUUACCAUUGAGCACCAAGGCACUUUCAAAACAGUCUCCUUCGCCGAAGGCAGCAUCACAUCCACCGACGAAUCUUCCAACGAAAUGGUGCCACAUCGAGACCCUCUCUGGAGCGCAUUCAAGAACCUGGACAUCGAGUUUGGCAAAUUUCACGCUCGAACGGCCACGCAACGCAUGCUUCUCAUCAGAACCACGCUCGUGGUGUUCCUGAGGACCUACAACAACCACGCGUCAAACAAGAGUCUGUACCCCGAGGAUGUCGAAUUCCGCAUGACUGUCUUGGACAGGUGGUGGAAAGGCAUGCUCGACAUGCUGGAUGCGCGGGAUCAGCAGCCGUUGCCAGGCGUGGACCGACCAAUUCUUCUCGAUGCCAUCCUCAUGAUCAUGAUGCGACCUGAAUGGAGGCUGGUGACAACCUACAUGAUGCCCCUUGCAGACCGGUCCCCAGCCGAACGAGUGCGCUCUCGCUCCUGGACCCAGUCGACGGAUUCGUCUCUCGCUUCCAGCCAGGCUGAAUUUCUAGCCGAAUCCGCCGAGCAUAAUGUGCGGACCAUGUUCGUCUCGAAUCUCUUGACACAGAUGGCCAUUGUGGUCGACAAAAUGUCCGUUCGUCACGCGCCGCUCAGCCUGGUCAGCUUCUGUGGCAAGGCAUGCGCGUACGCCUUCUUCUUCGCGCCCGGUGCAGCUGACAUGAUGACCCGGCUAUGGGGCCUGACACCCGACCUCGUUCGACGUACGGCUGAUGAGUUUGGCCUGCCAAAGACCAACAACGGCGAGAGCGACGAUAUCGUAGCGCUCUUUCCGCCGAGCUUGGGAUAUCUGGGCUGGACAGACGUGAGGACGGUGACCACGCGUCUCAAAGGCGUGCCGAAGCUGUCGCUCGCCGCGGCGCGCAUCCCAUGGUUCAGUCCCUGGAUGUCAAGGUGGCGGGGUCGCGACACGGACCUGUUUUACAUCUUUUGCAAACACUUCCAUAUUCUGAGCGAGGAGUUCAUGCCGCAGGGCCUCCCGCUUCUUGAAAAGGCCCGCUCGCCUGGAUUCGUCAUGGUUCAAGCCCAGCUGCUCUCCAACAUCGACUCGACCAUUCACCGAUCAGCCACCGCCGACAACAUGGGUAUUCCACCACUGUAUGAUGUAGCCUACGGCAUGGAUGCCAACGUCAUGGCGCUGGGGGCCGCGCCGACGGGAAAUCUGCUCAAGGGCAUGUCGGAAAACCGAUUCAUCGUUUUGCUCCGCGACUUUUUGUCAGAAGACUCUUUCGACUUUGCGCCAUCCCGCCACACCUUUGCCGAGGCCAGCAUGGCCGUUUUGCGCGCUGCGACCAAGAGGACGUCUCUUUUCGACCACAACUCGUGCUUUACGCUGUGCGACUUCCUUGAAGAAGCUCUGCUUGCGUAUGAUCAUUUUGAGGACGCCGACGACCCGAAUCUGGAAUAUGUCGACUGGCCGUUCUGGUUCGAUGUGUGCAAGAAGAUGCUGGGGUCACACAACGCCAUGACGGAGAUACGGCUGCUGUCGUUCAUAUUCACGACCUGGGAUGCCGUCACGGCGGAUCCCCGACGCAAGCAGGCAGUUUGCCUGGGCUGGCUUCUGACGGAGAAGACAUUUAACAAAUUAUUUAAUCACUGGUGCCCAAUGGUGAGGGCGUACUUUAUGCGACUUUUGUGCUGGAGAAUCUGUCGGGAUGCUGGCAGCGCCAACGAGAUUGAUGCCAAAAUCUUCAUGGUAGUAGCAGCCCGACUCAAGACGACAUGGUCCCACUACUUGUACCUCAAGCAGACUGCCGAACAGUCUGGCAAGCUUCCUCCCUCGACGGCUCCAUGCCUCCCUACACCCGGCAAGAAGUUUAUGAUCAUCCGCACCGAACUCAACACACCCCAGCCGGGCCUCGGUCUCGGCUUUGACUCGUUUGCGAAGCUCAACAUGAACGGCUCCGGCCAAGUCAACUCUGGUCUCAUUGAUUCUGGCAAUGGUGGCGGCAAAUCCGAGAAGAAGCGCUGGUCCCUCCUCGGCAAGGUUCUCUCGAUGACGGCCACGUCCGCAGGUUCUCCCACCGGGUCGGCAGUCAGCUCGCCGAAGCGCAACAACAGCUGGGAGGACAACUUUGAGCAGGCGCGCAAGGAUCUCGCGGCCGCACGCACGACGCCCCGACCGACGACUUCGCCCGCUGGGCCUCCUCCCCCGCCGAAGCCGACGGCAAACGGUCCUUCGGCCUCGAAUUCGUCCGAUGGCUCGUCGACGGGCUCGUCGCCACUGUUCCAGGAGCAGCAGUACGUCUUCAAGUUCAUCUUGGGCCUGCACAUCUACCAGCCCAACCAGCCACGCGAGCGCAUUCUCGUGCGCCCCCGACUCCCCGCCCCUGCGCAGGCCUGGGUCACGACACGGUCGCGCAGCGGCAGCUCCCCUCGCUUGCCGGCCGCUAGGAUGCCUGCGCCCACGCGCAAGGUCUCUGGCCUGAAAGAAGGUGGCCUCGUCAGCGGCGCCCGCAACGCGAGCCCUCUCUCGUCACCUCUGUGGCCGGAAGCCUCGCCACGACGGAUCAGCAACGAGCCGGCGCCGCAGCUCUCUUUCUCGGCGAGCUUUACGCAAUCCCUCAGCGAGCCGCUUGACCGCACGGCGGUCGAGGCCAUGGCGUCCGAGGGCCUCACCGCCGGAGGUGACGACGCCGACGCUGAUGACAUUCCUCUGGGCGAGUCGCUGACGCAGCCGGUCAAGCCGGUCGGGUUCUACGCUUCGACAGGCAUCUACACCGGCCGCUCUCUGGCGGAGUGGGGCGUCAUCGUGGCCGAAUGCAACGGUUUCAUCGACCGACGCAGGGACGAGGGCGUGCUGGGCCUCAGCGAGGUCGAGGUCCCGACGCUUGGUGUCGAGGGUUUCAGGCGGAUCGGAUGA